GGCUCCGGGCGCUGAAAUUCAAAUUUGAACGGGCAGCAGGAGGCCGCCUCGGACUCGCCGAGAGCGAGGGGGGCAUCGGGCCGAGAGGUGGCGAAGAGUGUCCCCCACCCCGAGUGCCGACUCCCGGUCUGGUGUCCGCCGAGACUUACUUUUGUUUUUUUGAAUUUGAACCAGAGUCUCCGUCGUCUCGCAAUCGACACGCGAAUCCGGGGGCCAUGGACCCGUUUACGGAGAAACUGUUGGAACGAACCCGUGCCAGGCGAGAGAAUCUUCAGAGGAAAAUGGCUGAGAGACCCAUCCCAGCAGCAAGGUCUGGUGUUCACACUAAGAGAACCAGAGAGCCGCUGUCAGAAGCAAGUAACCAACAACCUCUGUCUGGUGGAGAAGAGAAAUCUUGUACAAAACUGUCACCACCUAAAAAACGCUGUUCUGACAACACCGAAGUGGAAGUUUCUAACUUGGAAAAUGAACAACCAGUUGAGAUUGUUGCUGCCAAACCCUGUUCUUCAAGACCUCUGUCUCCUCAGGGACAACCACAAGUACCCACUUCUGUCUGUGAGCCUCCGGCGGCCCCCACUUCGAUGGUGGGUGUGAGGACAGGGCUGAACUCACAGCUGGAAACAGCUGCAGCUUCUUCCAUUAAAACACGAAUGCAGAAACUGGCAGAGCAAAGGCGUCACUGGGAUAAUGAUAUGACCGAUGAUCUGCCUGAAAGCUCGCUCAAGUCACCAAUGCCACCAGAGCAAAAGGUUGCCUCCCCUCCCAAACCAACUUUUUCAGAUGCCUCAGCAACUCCAGUUGGGAGAAGAGGCCGUCUGGCCAACCUUGCCGCUACUAUUUGCUCCUGGGAAGAUGAUGUAAAUUACUCAUCUGCGAAGCAGAACAGUGCACAAGAACAGCCUGGUACUGCUUGUUUAUCCAAAUUUUCCUCUGCAAGCGCAGCAUCUGCUCGGAUCAAUAGCGGCAGUGUUCAGCAGGAAGCUACAUGCUGUUCUCAGAAGGAUGGCGCCGCUUCCUUGAAUAAAGCCCCGACAUCCAGUGCUGCCGGCACAGCUUUGAGUAAGGCUGCGAUUUCCAGUUCUGUGAAGGCUGCUUCUUCUCCAGUAAAAGCUUCUUCAGGUUCCAUCACCAGUGCUAAAAAUUGUGACCCUCCAAAUCCUGAACUACCACACAAAACUCAUGUUAGUCCUCUGAAAAGAGAGGUGUCGAGACCCACUGGGAAGUCAGCUGUGUCUCAGGAAGUCCAUCCCAAAGAAGAAUUAACUAGAGAGACCUCUGUGCAGUCUCAGGCUAAAGACAGAUCUGCAACACCAGGAGGAGCUGGAAUUAAGCCUUUUCUGGAACGCUUUGGAGAGCGUUGCCAAGAACACAGCAAACAAAGUCCAGCUCGUAGCACACCCCAGAGAACCCCUGCCGUCACUCCAAAUACCAAGGCCAUCCAGGAAAGAUUAUUCAGGCAGAACACCUCUUCAUCUACUGCCCAUGUAGCCCAACAGCUCAAGCAGGAACGUGAGAAAGAACUGUCGUGUCUUCGUGGCCGAUUUGACAAGGGCAGUUUAUGGAGUGCAGAAAAAAACAAAACCACAAAAAGCGAACAAGAAACCAAGCAGGGAAUUCACUGUCAGGACACUUCCAUCAGGAAACAGGUUGUUUUAAAUACCUCAACUCUCCCAGUAACAGAAAAAACACCAGAGAAAUCUUUGAGAACAGAACCUACAGGUGUCACUGAAAGCGAAAUGACAAAGUCUAGCCCUUUGAAAAUAACAUUGUUUUUAGAAGAGAAGAAGUCGUUAAACGUAGCAGCAGACUCAGAGCAGCAGACUGAAGUGGUACAUGAAACUGAGAUGAAUGUGGAUGACGAUGAUAUCAAUAGCUCCAAAGUGAUUAACGACAUCUUCAGUGACGUACUAGAAGAAGGCGAACUGGAGGAGGAAAAGAGCCAAGAAGAGGUGGGUCUAGCAGAAGCAGAAAGCGGCGAAGAACAGGAAGAUGCCCUGAAUAUCUCCUCCAUGUCUCUGCUUGCUCCAUUGGCACAGACAGUCGACGUGGGGUUAGUGUCUCCACCUGGGUUGGAACUGAAAAGCACUAGUACAAGUGAUGAAAGUCCGAAACCAGGGAAAUUCCAAAGAACGCGAGUCCCAAGAGCUGAGUCUGGUGAUAGCAUUGGUUCAGAAGAUCGUGAUCUUCUUUAUAGCAUUGACGCAUACAGAUCUCAGAGAUUCAAAGAGACAGAACGCCCCUCAAUAAAACAGGUGAUUGUUCGGAAGGAAAAUGUCAUGUCAAAAGUGGAUGAGAAAAAGAAUGUCUUCUGUCAAGUGCCUAUCAAACAGAAAAUGCAGGAACUCAAUAAUGAAAUAAAUCUGCAGCAGACAGUGAUCUACCAAGCUAGCCAGGCUCUUAACUGUUGCACCGAUGAGGAACAUGGCAAAGGAUCCCUAGAGGAAGCUGAAGCAGAAAGACUCCUUCUAAUAGCAACUGAGAAGAGAACACUGUUGAUUGAAGAGCUGAAUCAACUGAAGAAUGAAGGACCUCAGAGGAAGAAUAAGGCUGGUGCUAUACUCCAGAGUGAUUUUGUCCCAUCGAAAGGCUCAGUGACGUUGUCAGAAAUCCGCUUGCCUUUAAAAGCAGAUUUUGUCUGCAGUACAGUGCAGAAACCAGAUGCAGCAAACUACUAUUUCUUGAUUAUACUAAAAGCAGGACCUGAAAAUAUGGUAGCUACACCACUAGCAAGUACUUCAAGCUCCCUUAAUGGUGAUGCUCUGACGUUCAGCACUACUUUUACUCUGAAUGAUGUGUCUAAUGACUUCAGAAUAAAUAUUGAAGUUUACAGUUUGGUACAAAAGAAAGAUACCUCAGGCCCUGAUAAGAAGAAAAAAGCAUACAAGUCUAAGGCUAUUACUCCAAAGCGACUUCUCACAUCCAUUACUACUAAAAGCACCCUUCAUUCUUCAGUUAUGGCCAGUCCAGGUGGUCUUAAUGUUGUGCGAACCAGCAACUUUGCCCUUGUUGGGUCGUACACACUCUCACUGUCUUCAGUAGGAAACGCUAAAUUUGCACUUGACAAGAUAAAUUAUGAUGUAAAAGAGCGAGAGCUACUGAGCUAUAUGUUCCAGGAAAAGGUACCCUUUUUAUGUCCUUUGGAAGGUCAUAUUUAUUUAAAAAUAAAGUGUCAAGUGAAUUCAAGUGUUGAAGAAAGAGGCUUUCUAACUAUAUUUGAAGAUGUUAGUGGUUUUGGUGCCUGGCAUAGAAGAUGGUGUGUCCUUUCUGGAAACUGUAUCUCUUAUUGGACUUAUCCAGAUGAUGAGAAACGAAAGAAUCCCAUAGGAAGAAUAAAUCUAGCCAAUUGUACCAGUCGUCAGAUAGAACCAGCCAACAGAGAAUUUUGUGCAAGACGCAACACUUUUGAAUUAAUUACUGUCCGACCGCAAAGAGAAGAUGACCGAGAAACUCUUGUCAGCCAAUGCAGGGACACGCUCUGUGUCACCAAGAAUUGGCUUUCUGCAGAUACCAAGGAAGAGCGGGAUCUCUGGAUGCAAAAACUCAAUCAAGUUCUCGUUGAUAUUCGACUCUGGCAACCUGAUGCUUGCUACAAACCUAUCGGAAAGCCUUAAGCUGUGGGCAGUUUUUAAGCCAGGUGGAGGUGUUUUGAGUUACGUCAUAAAUAAAUGCUAAGAGCAGCAGAUGUGCUAAUUGCAUUUUAUGCUUUGAAUGCAAAAGGGUAUGUGCCAAUAGUCACUACAUAUUAUGCAAUAUUUAUGUAUUUCAUAUGUAAAGCCUCAACUGAUUUUCCUUCUGCCACUUGUAAAUGUCUGGAGGAAAACUCACUCUAGCCACUUUUGCUAAAUCUUAAUAUAAAAAAAAAAAAACCUUCAUUUCCCUAGGUAGCAAAUUAUUCAUGAAAAAAAGAUUUUUCUAAACGUAAGAAACUUGGAGUUUUCUUGGGGCCAUGGGCCUGAAAGUAAAAACGCUUUCUAGGGGUUGAUUUCUGUUAAUCCCUAUUCUCUUCAGCCUGAGUCCUUGUUUCCUUAAGGGUGUCAUUCACGCUGUGUCUUACUACUGAAGUACUGAAAAUCUGUUACAAGAGAUUCGCAGAAAAUGUUUUUUUAGUAAUGGUCGUAAGAAAAUUUUCAAAUAACAAAUGUAUCUUACCUUAAAGCUUGAAGUUGCCUUCAAACAAGAGAUACAGACACAGGCCAUCCUGUGCGAGGUGCAAGGCUUUACUUGGCAGGAUUAAUAAUCACCUGGUUUACCUCUACUCAGAUGCUACAGACGCUGUGUGGUGCACAUUUUCACAGAACACAGGCUUUUAAAGAUAACCCUUAUUUGCCUAUAGCUCACAGGCUCCUCGAGUAUACUUGGCAUAUCAGGUCUUUUUCUACUCCUAUAAGAACAAAUGUAAAUUGAAAAAGAAAACCUUUCUAUAAACCAAGUAAACUUGACCAAGCUGCUAUGAACUAAUACUUUGCUUGCCAAAGUUCUUAUCUUUUUUUUUUUUCAUGUCCAUAUAUGACACUUUCUAGGAACUCAUGGAAGCAUUAAAAAAAGGAAAAACCUGUUUAAGUUAUGUACCUUCUUUAAAAGCCUAAUAUGUUGUUGUUAUUAUUUUUUAUUAGAGGGUGUUGUAAAGCCUGGUCUCAACUUUUAAAUACAUUUUGAAUGUCUUUGAAUUGUUACCAGUGUUCUCAUUUAUAAACACUAAAUCUUGUCACCUGUCAAUUUACUUUUUAUUCAAGUGUGCUUUUUAUGUGUAUUAUAAAAAUAUAUUUGAUGAUCUCUUCCCUGAAUAAAUACUUGCAAAUAA